AUGGCUACAUGGAAAGUUGCUCCUGCCCUGGCUGCUGGUUGUACAGCAAUUCUGAAACCAUCUGAAUUGGCAUCUGUUACCUGUUUGGAGUUGGCUGAAGUGUGUAAAGAGGUGGGUCUUCCUCCAGGUGUCCUUAAUAUUUUGACCGGAUUGGGGCCUGAAGCUGGUGCUCCUUUGGCAUCUCAUCCCCAUGUUGACAAGAUUGCAUUUACUGGAAGUUCUGCCACAGGGAGCAAGAUCAUGACUGCUGCAGCUCAAGUCCUCAAACCAGUGACACUUGAGCUUGGUGGAAAAAGUCCGAUAGUUGUGUUUGAGGAUUUUGAUCUUGAUAAGGCUGCUGAGUGGGUUCUUUUUGGUUGCUUUUGGACGAAUGGUCAAAUUUGCAGUGCAACAUCUCGUCUUUUAGUGCAUGAGAGCAUUGCUGCUGAACUUUUGGACAGGCUUGUGAAAUGGUGCAAAAAUAUUAAAAUUUCAGACCCCUUAGAGGAAGGUUGCAGGCUUGGCCCUGUUGUUAGUGGCGGGCAGAUCUUAUCAUUGCUGAAGAUGAUAAAGUUUUUUAGUCAAGCUCUUGAAUGA